UUAGCCUAUUGGUCUGAAGGCACUGUUGUAAGAUGGCGCCCAGCGAAAUGUAACUGGUGUAGAGAAAGAGAAUAUACAGCUAACAUCUUUAUCUAACGUCACGAUAAAAUUAAGAACUAAGCCACAAAAGACGACAUUAAUAGCACUUCACUUUCCUGAUCGUUAGAAGCGGAUAGCCGUUUUGAGAGCAGAGAAGCGCUUGUGGGCGGCUCAAACCUCGGCCAGUUUUGGAAAAGAGGUUCUUUCCUACAAAAUAAGGCACUGUCAGCAGCAAUGAACAACUCCAUGGAUGGUACAGGAACAUAUGAAGAGCUAGUGAGGCAGAAAGCUCGGAGCAUCCCCCAGCAUCGCAUGAAGGAGUUCCUGGAGUCCUUGGCCAGCAAAGGUCCAGAUGCUUUGCAGGAGUUCAGCCAACAGAGUGGAGACACUACAACCACCACUACCACUAUGGUUUACCAACAGGAGGCCAACUGCAUCUACACAGACAGCACUGAAGUGGCAGGGUCAUUGCUGGAACUGGCAUGUCCGGUCCAGGUUCAGGUCCAGCCACAGCAGCAGAUACAAGAGUCCACAUCUCAGCAGCAGGUUGUGCAGCAGAACACAGAACAACAGAUUGUACAGGUGCAGAUUCAGGGUCAACAGCAAGGUCAGAUGCUUGGUCAGGUUCUCCAGGUGCCUUCUGGAUCCCAUCAGCAGCUACAAGGUGUAACAACUGCACAGCUGAUUCAACCUGGGGAACUAACAGAGGAACAACACCAACAGCUGCAAGCCCAGCUGGUUGCUGCUGUUGCAGGAGGACAACAGAUCCAAAUCCAAACAGUGGGGGCCCUCUCACCCACCCAGCAGCAGGACAGUGGAGAGAGAAGAGUAAUGGGAACUGCAGUUGCGACAUCCCAGGGAGCAGGGGUUCUCCAGCCAGCCAAAAAGCGUAAGGUGGACAUGCCCAUCACUGUGUCCUAUGCGCUGCCUGGCCAGCAGGUAGCCACAGUCCUGGCUAUCCCUCAGGGCCAAGGCCAGCAGCAAAGUUAUGUGUCCCUGCGACCAGACCUCCUAACUGUGGACAGUUCCCACCUUUACAGUGCCACUGGUACUAUAACCAGCCCUACAGGGGAGACCUGGACCAUCCCUGUGUAUUCUGCACCUGCUGGGUCUGGAGGCCGUGAACAGGUCACACAUAUUGCCAUCCCCCAGGAGGCUUAUGGAGCAGUGCAGGUUGCAGGAGCAAACACUACAACAAUGACCACAAUGCCAACACAAGUCACAGUCGAAAAUGACAAGCUAAAAAACCCUGCCAGUCAAAGUCAGACAGCACAGGCCGUUUCCAGCAUAACAAGCUCUGUAGGAAUGGGCGGCCAAGAAGAGGUGGUGCACACACUCGCUGCAAACACGCUAUUCCCUGCUCAGCUGAUGAAUGGAAACAUUCACAUCCCUGUAGCAGUACAGGGCUACUCAAAUGCAACACAGUCCCUUAUUUGGGACCCACAGCAGCAGGUGCUACACACACACGGGCUGUCAGGGCAGGAUGCACAGCAGCUACAGGGUCAGACAGUUGUAGCAGAGGUGGAUGGUCAAGGGCAGCAGCAAGUGCAGGUGCAGGAGCUGCUGCUGCCUGCUACUCUGAAGCCAGAAGAAGGACUGGACGUGUGGCGGCUUUGGGCUCAACGAAAAAAUGCAGAGUUGGACAAAUCGGACAAGAAUAAACUGGCCCCAAUUGGCCGACGCCAGGUGCUGCGUUUCCAGGAGGAUUUGGUGUCAUGUGCAGUUGCAGAACUCUGCAUGGGUCUGUCUAUGAUGACAACAGAAGCCCGGGGACUUGAAGGGGAAACAUAUGAGGCUGAUGUUCUUCAAUAUGUAUUCCUGUGCAUACAGAAAUAUCUUUUUGAUAAUGGUCGUGUGGAUGAUAUUUUCUCUGAUCAGUACUACACUCGAUUUGCUCAGAGUCUGCACCAAAUCUUGGAGCCUUGGAGGCCAUCUAUUCAUCCACUAGGUUAUGUUAUCCCCAGUCAUGUGACAGAGGAGAUGUUAUGGGAAUGUAAACAGCUGGGAGCACAUUCUCCCUCAACACUUCUUACAACCCUAAUGUUCUUUAACACCAAGUAUUUCCACCUGAAAACAGUGGAUCAGCAUCAAAAAGUGGCCUUUUCAAAGGUGUUGAGACACACCAGGAAGAGUCCCAACAACCCCAAAGACAAGAGCACCAGCAUUCGAUACCUAAAGUCCACAGACAGGUUCAUAGGGCAGAAAGUGACGGAUGACAUGUACUCAGAACAGCUUGAAGACCCAGAAAACCCACUGCGAUGCCCAAUCAAACUCUAUGAUUUCUACCUCUUCAAAUGUCCGCAGAGUGCUAAAGGUCGCAAUGACACCUUCUACCUGACUCCUGAGCCGGUGGUGGCUCCUAAUAGCCCCAUCUGGUACUCAACUCAGCCAAUCCCAAAAGAGCAGCUGGAGCAGAUGCUCGCCCGCAUCCUCGUCGUCCGUGAAAUCCAGGAAGCCAUUAACAUGUCGGAGAGUGUGCACUAGUUGGAUUGGAAGGGGGAAAACUGGACUAUUCGCUUUUCUUCUUCACCCAGCCUUUGAUCACUCUUUAUGAGUAGUUUUCUAUUCUCACCCUCUGUCUUAGGGGGUUGGCAUGUAUAUGUUUAUAUUCAAGGUGUGUUAGCCUAUCUUACACACAAACACACAUGGACUGUACAUACACAUACAACCAAUACAGAUGUUGUUUUUCUUUUUGUUUUGGCCAAAGGAUGACAUGUCUGAUCUUUUUAUUGGACCUGAACUCUAAUUUAAUUGUUAUUUUAACUAUUGGUUCUCCUCACCAAUAGUCUAGAGUAAUUGUUCAUUUCUUUCUUAUUUUAAUCUGUAAAUAUAUUUUCACUAGGGUUGGCCUAUGCUAUGCUGCUUUUCUUGUCCUUUGUUGCUUUGUUUUUCCUCGUCUGCCUUGGUCACUGUAAAGUCUCACAGUGAAUACCUCAUGGUAUUAAAACUGCAUUAAGUAGUCAAACAUAGGCUAAAAAAACCAUUUUCAUAUUAUGUGAAUUCUCUUUCUCUGUCUUUCACUUUUGUCUGUGCUGAGCUGACUUUUUGUUCCUAUACACAUACUCUUGUGAAUGUUGCUCAAACUGUAGCUUCCCCUGUUGGAGCUCAGCAGCAUCUAAACGCAUGAGGACUUAAAUCAACCAUGGACUUUAUUGCAAUACCCUGCACCACUUAUCCUGCAGCUACUAGCAUUUGCCACAUGGUGGAGAUGUGGCAAAGGAAGGUUAGAGGAUGCUGACCUCUGCUGGAUUCUCUUAUUCUCUCCUCAGGACAUCAAAAACUCCAGGACUCACCUGAAGAGGGAUCUGUUGUAUCAUACAUGUCUACUGUAUUUCAAGACAGAUGAAAGAAAAGUGGGUUAGCCCUUAAUGUUCCAUUAUGUAUAAUACUCAUAGCUCCUUUGUGAACUGUAUUAGGUUUCAGUCAUCAAAGGAGAAUGGCAGUGCCUGUGUUUUUUGAAACAUGACCGUUUUUUGUACAGCCACUAUACCAUGUGUCUGCCUUUCUAGUGUCCGUUCUGCACACGCAUCCUGAAGUACCGAUAGCCUGCACUGUGUGAUAUAAAACAAUUCACAAUGAUUUUCUUUUUAAAAAUCUUAAUAAAAGACAUCUCACAACA